UACAUUCUGUUUUUCAAUUGCAUAUUUUCAGCGAAAUAUCCAUUGGUCACCUUAAUUGUGCUGCCUACGAAGGUUUAUCUGGUUGAAUCGUAUAUUGAGGACUGCUCUAAUUGUGUUAUCUGUCGAUAUAAAGAAACACGUGUACUUUACUCGAUAUUUGUGACCACCGUCAUAAUGAGGAGGUUAUUUACCCUGGUGACAUUUUUGAUACUUCUUCAAGGGGUCACUAGCGAAUGUCCGCUUGGAUGGGUAUUCCAUGGAUCUAGCUGUUAUUUGUUUGUAUACCACCACAAAGACUGGACAGCAGCUGAGGACGAUUGCAAGAGCCAAAAUUCUUACCUAGUAAAUAUUGGAGAUGGAGCAGAAAACGAAUUUCUCAGAACAGUUCUUCAUGUACAGGAAAACGAAGAGGAUUUUUGGAUUGGUGCUACUGACGCUAUAGUGGAAGGUGGUUGGAGGUGGAUGCCACAUUUUGAUAAGAUAGACUACAAUGACUGGAUUCCAGGGCAGCCAAAUGACAACCAUAAUCAGGACUGUAUGCAACUUUACCAUGCAGUUCAAUACCACUGGGACGAUGACCAUUGCGAAGAACAAAAGUAUUUCAUCUGCGAAAAAGAGUGGGUCUCAGUUUUUAAACUAAAGUUAGCAUGCACAUUGUUUACAUUAGCUCGUUUCAACAUCAAUGUAAUCAUACCUCAGUCAUUUUGUGUACAUGUGCAUUCAUGUAGGUAUACGUAGGGACAUAUUAAAUUGCGUUUAUGUGUAUACAGACCAAUCUCAAGACGCCACUCAUCUCUAUGUGAUUGCAUUUUCAUACAAAACUAUAUAUUCAGGUUGAGACGUAUCUCAUGUAGUAAUGUACAUCGAUCUCUUCAAAGUCACGUCUUGUUGUGUUUUUUUUUUAUUUUCAGAAAUCCCAGCGAAGAACUUCAAGUCAUCGGAUAACCUUUGAGUUCAACCUAUACCUCAGUGAUUCUAUGAUUAAGGAUUUCAAUAAAUAGUCAUUUGUGUAGAUCUUGUCGAAACUCUUAUCCCAUUAAAUCAUUUGUAGACAGCCA